UCAUUUUGCAUAUCUCUUUCUCGAUCUCUCGCAAACUCCACAAUUUACCUUUUCUCCUUAAUCACCUGUUAUGGCGAAUUUAAUUCUUAAGAAAACUCUUAUCAUACUCUUAAUCAUAUUUGCAUCACCAAUCUUUAGUACUCACGCUCGAAUCCUCCAUGAUGAUCGAGUUGCAAACAUGGGCACUAUGGAUAGUCAUGCUCUGCUACGGGAACUCGGGUUUGAUCUCUCCAAGUUCAAAGGUCAUAACGAGAGGAGAUUUCUAGUGAAUUCGGACAGGGUUUCACCGGGAGGACCUGACCCGCAACAUCAUCACUGAAUGGCCCUUACGAAUAUGUACACUUCACCCGAAGUCCAAGCACAAAUAAUUGUGACUGAUCCAUGCAAGUCAUUUGAAUAUCGCUAUUAUGCUUUCUUUUUUUUCCUCAUAAAUCUUACGUACAAUUUUGUUGUAUCAAGGUUUUGGUAUCCUUGUACCUCUUUAUCUAUACAUCAAACUUUUACUAUGUAUGUUUUCGUGUGUCUCCAAUGGGUUACCUUUUAUGUAACAGCAAUUGGCUAUAAAUAAUAUA